CAAAAAUUAACAAUGAAGUGUCUGAUUGUCUGUGCUCUAUUGGCAUCUGCAGUUUCUGCUGCACCGAAUGGACUUCUUGGUCAUGGUUGGCUCGGACACGGAUUAGCAGGCCCUGUAUUAGCAGGAUCCGCUCUGGCAGGCCCUCAUGUUGGUCCUUCGAGCCUUUCAGGACCAGUCGCUGGACCUGCUCACAUAUCUGGUGCUGUCGAUGGUGGCGCUGUUGUUACUGGAUCUGUUGCUGGUCCUUCUGCAGUGAUUGGAUCUUCAGCUGGUCCUACUUUCGUCUCUGAACCUGGUCAUGGACUUGCAUGGGACCUUGGCCACGCAGUUCAUGCGCACGGGCCUGGAGCCAUUAUUGUUGGUGGUCAUGCUGGACAUGCAGCUCUUCACGGAGGACUUGGUUCUGUCGUGGUCGCUGGUCCUGAUGGUGCAUCUAUUUCCACACAUGGUGUCGCACCUGGUGCUAUUAUUGCUACUGGUGCACAUCAUGGUCAUCUGGGACAUUGGUGGUGA